AUGGCUUGGUUCUUUCCUGGUCAUGACCUUCGUCCCUUGGAGCAACACACUGUCAACAGCAGCAGCUCAGUGCUCCUCCAAAGCACCACCACCAAGGUUUUUGUGCUGUGUCUCCUCCUUCCGAUCCCCAUCUUUGCUGUCCUGGGAAACCUCCUCAUCCUGACCUUGGCAGCCCGCUUGCGAAAGCUGCAAACACCAACAGAUGCUUUCAUGCUUUCCCUGGCAAUGGCAGACUUCCUGGUAGCAGUGCUGGUGAUGCCUUUCAGUCUGGUACGCUCCAUUGACACUUGGCACUUUGGAUCCCGCUUCUGCCAAGUCCAUUUCCUGCUGGAUAUCACAUUCUGCACAUCCUCCAUCUUUAAUCUCAGCUGUGUGGCACUGGACCGAUACAUAGCGGUGUGCGACCCACUGCGUUACCUAGCCCGAAUGUCUCCUACGCAGGUGACCACACUGCUGUUGCUAUGCCGGCUCCUGUCGCUUGUCAUCUCCUCGCUCUGUGUCUCCUUUGGCAUGCACCCACAGUCACCUCCUGCAGGGAUCAGCAGCACAGCACAACAGGAGAAUCAAACUUGCCUGGCAACAUUUUACACCCCCUAUGCUCUGGUCUCUUCCACAGUCUGCUUCUUCAUCCCGGUGGGUUUCAUGCUGUUUGCCUAUGGGAAAAUCUUCUUGGCAGCCCAGAGACAGGCAAGAUGGAUCCAUGCCAUGGAGCAAAUUGCUGGGAAGCUUCAAUCUGGCCAGAGCUCAGUGGGAAAUAACCACACAGAAGAAGGCCGUGCAACUGUAGAGAAAAGCUCUAUGAAGAAGGCACGAAAGGCUGCAAAGAAGUUGGGUCUAAUCAUGGGGGUCUUCGUGAUCUGCUGGCUGCCUUUCUUCUGCAUGAACAUGAUCCACCCUCUGUGGGGUUACACCAUCAGCCCCCUGGCCCUUGAGGUCUCCAUGUGGCUCGGCUAUGCUAACUCCUCGCUAAACCCAUUCCUCUAUGCCUCCAUCAACAGGAGCUACCGGCAUUCCUUUGUGGCCAUCUUGGGCUGUGCGAUUUUGGGCAGGCAGCUAAGGUCAUGUUUGGAGUAUUUACCCAGUGGUGGGCAAAUACACACAUUGGUUACCUUGGAAACCAUUUCAAGAUGA